GCCAAGCAAAUCAAAAGCCGGCAAACUUUUGCGAAAUCUAAUAAGCGAAUUUUGUAGCCAUUUUCCUGGAAUUUAAGAUGCAAGAACCAUGCGCGGCGUUCGCAAGUGUGUUCAUUGCGGCGCCAUCAACGGCAACAGGGCGCUGCUCUGCAAGAAUUCCGAGUGUCCGCAGCGCAGGAACGUUCUCGACGCCGUGCAGCUGGUGUCGCUGCGGCCAGGCUCCACUGUAUACUCGCUGAGGACCAAGGAGAAGGAGCAGCAGCCGCGCAACUUUGUGGUCAUCCAGGACGUCACGCUCUCGCUGCAGCCGGACGCUGCAGUGGUGUCCAGCAAGGCGGAGUGCUUCGUGGAGUCGUGCAAGCGAACGGGAGGCGAACCGACGGACUGCGUCCAUGUGAAGGCUUGCCGGGAGCUGGGCGCCGAGUUCGCGAAGGCGCAGGUCUACCGCGUGUCCCGCGAGGUGCUGUGGAACCUGAACAUCAGCCUGGAGCAGAAGCAGAACCUUUGGCAGCUGUACAAGUACGCGGAGGAGGAGGAGCACCUGCCGGGAGUGCAGCGCCUGAAUCACUCCACAUUCGCCGUCAAGUGCGAGCGCUCCGAAUCCUUUCCAGCGGCUCGACUGCACGUCACCGUCUCUGCCAAUGCCCUGUCCAAGAAGAAGAGCAGCUACGCCUGCGCCUGCCGCAAACUGAAGAUCAUUGUGGAGCCAGAUAAUUCGCUGGUGAUGCAGGACGAGAUCUGCGAUCACCUGCUGCUCGUCCUGGCUGGCAUCCUCAGUUCGCCGCAGGGAAAACGUGUCUAUGGCCACUUCACCAGCGGUUUGCAGACCUUCUGGAUGCCGUCGCAGCUGGAAACUCCGCUGGGCGACGUGGCCACCGAGGAUUUGCGGCUCAGCCUGGACAUGGUGGAUGAGCUAGACCCGCAGGUGGACAUACUCAUCUUUGGCGACCAACUAGAUCUUGGCCUACCGAAUCUCUCCGAGGGCGUCUUUAACCUGGACAACAUGCAGGCCGCCACUUCUAGCCAAAGCACCUCGGGCACCAACGAUGCCCUGAUCCACUAUGCCAACGACUCGCAGCUCUUGUCCAACUGCGAUGUCUAUGCGGAGCCCAUCGAGCUAACCGACUGCAAUAUCGAGCUGAUGGAUCAGUUUCAGCCCACCGACCAGCUGGAUAUUUGCAGCGAGGACAUAGAACUGCCCUUGAUCAGUGAACCCUACAACAUCCUAGCUGCUCCGCCCAUUUUCACCGAGGCCACGCCCUCUGUGGUCGCCGAUCAGCUGCCCAUUGAGCUGGCCACCAUAUCGGUGGUCAAGAAGGCACCGGUCAAGUUCUCGGAAAUAGUGACCGAGGUGAAGUCCGUGAAGCAGCCCUCUCUGCCGGCCAAAAGGAAGUUAAUAGUGAAUGGUGCAGCAUCGGCAGCAUCAGUUUGCUUGGACGUUUCCGUUCAGCCGGCUCUAUCCUACUCGGCAUGGCUGGAUCAUGUAAUCGAGCUGCUAAACGAGAGUUGCGAGCCAUUGGAAACGGAAGACGCCACGCUUACCAAGCGCUCGGUGCAACAGAACUUCCAUGUGCACAAGGAAACCUUUUCGCACUUUUGCAAGAGCUUCAGUACUGGAGUCAAGCGACGUCCGUUGGACAAGCUAACUGUGAUAGAAUCGGGCAAACAUAAAGGCCUCAGCAAGUACACCUGGCACUUUGCGAGUCCGCACACCGCAAAGCGCAUCUUCAGCACCUCCAACAUACAGCUGCAGUUGGAUCGCGCUUUCGAGCGGCAUCCAGAAGGACACUUCGUUCCCUACAUGCGUCCACGGAUGGAGCCACAGGUGGCGGGUCAGCCGAAAAAGCGGGUAGUCUACCCGAGACUCAGCCUUUAUAUGGUUAAGAUACUCUUCGAAGCGGCACCAAAGGACUACGUCGGCAAUGGAGUCCUGGUCACCUGGACCCCGGAUGUGUUGCCCCGCAGCCAGUUCGGGCUGAUGCACGUGGAGUUCACCGUGGAGACACGUCCGCCCAGCUAGGAACACACCUAAUGCUGGAGCCAUCUUUAUGUACAUAUGUGAGUCGAAAUCAAACCAUUUUCUAUUUAAAAAUGCCAUAAGAAGUUUGACAGAGGCAUUGUUGCCUUGUUUUCAUAUAAUAUUUUUUAAGUUUCGCAUGUUUCUCGUAAAGUCGAGCAUACCCUUUCUGAAUCUAAUGAGAACGAAGAGAGAGGGCAUGAUGUGGCGGUUGUAAAAAUCAUAACCACAACUGUGGCAGAAACUCGGUUCAUUUUACAUGGGCGUACAUUGCCUUUG